UUUUGGCAUGAAUCCAUGAAUAUGUAGACAAAAGCAUAGGAGAACUGAAGUUGUUCCAAAAAGACGAGAAGCUACUGCUGCUACUUCAAUUAUUGUUGCGCUUCCUGUAGCUGUCCAACUCCAACAAUCAUCCAUCCAUCUGGUCAUCAUCCACUCAAACUCAGUUCAGCCUCUCCACAGCUACAAUAUUGUUUUGAUAUGGGUUGGGCUGCUUGGCCACUCCAAAAGCCCAUUGCUAAUAAUAUGGACAAAUUUGUGAUGGAUGGAUGUAUAGUAAUGUCCAAGAAACAAAGACCCAAACACUGACAUGUACAUAUGUAGAUGGAUGUAGAUGAUAUGUAAUAAUAAGAGAGAGAGAGAGAGAGAGAGAGGCAAGUGAUCCGUUAAAGUGUACCUACCCACCAAAUCCCAACCCCAUCUCAUAACUAAUUGGUGUUUCUCACCAACACUAACGUGGUGGUGUAGCUCAAAUUCAAACGCCAAUUCUGUUUGUUACAAACCACUCCCUCCCUAGUCCAAAGUCCCUACUCAACCUCUCCUCUCCUCUCUUCUCUUCUCUUUCAAGUUUCAUCAAUCCAUCAUUGCUCAUUCAUCAUCUUCCCCACACCCAACACCCAACACCUCCCCCGCCCACACAAACACACACACACACACACAUAUAUAUAUGUAAUAGUCAGUAUGCACUUGUGUGAAUAUCUGUGUAAUUAAAGAGGGGUCUACUCCUGCAGCUCUUUGGAUCUCUGUUUCUCAUCUUUAUUUCCAAUCAACAACAUCAUCUUAUUCGAUCGGGUUUAUUUCUUGUGUUGUUUAGGUGAUGGGGCGUUCGCCUUGCUGUGAAAAAGCUCACACCAAUAAAGGGGCUUGGUCUAAAGAAGAAGAUGAGCGUCUCAUCAAUUACAUCCGUGCUCAUGGUGAAGGCAACUGGCGUUCCCUCCCUAAAGCUGCCGGAUUGCUUCGGUGUGGCAAGAGUUGCAGAUUGAGAUGGAUUAAUUACUUGAGACCUGACCUCAAGAGGGGCAAUUUCACUCCAGAAGAAGACGAAAUCAUUAUCAAACUUCAUAGCCUCCUCGGAAAUAAAUGGUCUUUAAUAGCUGGAAGAUUGGCUGGAAGAACAGACAAUGAAAUCAAGAAUUACUGGAACACACACAUCAAACGCAAGCUUAUUAACAGCGGCAUCGACCCCCAAACCCACCGUCCCCUCAACUCCAACGCCGCCGCUUCUCCCAAUAUUACUUGCUCCGACUUGAGAAACUCAACUCCACCACUCUCAAACGACAACACUAGUACUAUUUCAACCAACCACCAGGUCCCCGGCCUCAAAAGUAAUUUGAUUCCUGCCACGGAUACCUCAUCGUCGACACUACUAGAUAACGCCAAAUGCAACAGCAGCAGCAGCACAACAGAGGAGGAGGAGGAGGAGUCUCAUCUUCAUCCUCCGCCACCGCAGAAGGAGGAUGAAUUGGAUUUGGAGCUGUCAAUAGGGCUGCCUUUUCAGUCUAAUUAUAAGUAUAUGAUAUCAGAGAGUGGUGGUUUUGAGAAGAAUGGAUUGUGUAGUGAUUGCCAAUCUUGUAAGGUAAUGGCUAAUUAUACACAUGUUGCUGAUUAAUUUGUAGAGUGCUUUUAUUUUUGAAAAAAAGAAACAAAAAUUAAAAUCCAUAUUCUUAGUUUUCUUCUUGUGA